AUGUCCCUUCCUCAAGUGCACUUUCACGGGUCUGCCUGCUGGCCUAUACAUGCAUUUGAUGAGUCACAUUACUGUAAGGCUUCCCUCCUUUUGAUAACGCUUGCACUCAUAAACUCUAAGCUAACCGUAGACGAAACGGAACAAACCCUGCCCGUUGCUGACGGAUGUCCCACCAAACGCCCUCUCGACUUGACGCAAUCGCCCGAAUUACCAGACAUCGUCUCUCCUACAAGCACCUUGGCCAGCAGCACCCUGUCCCUACUCAAUAGGGUCACGGGUUUAGUCACACCAUCUACGCAUGCAUUCGAAGAGCCCCCCAAUAAGAAGCGACGAACCGAACCACCCCCUUCGCCCUCUCCCAUCACUACUACGUUAUCUCCCGGUAUGAUCCCACUGGAACAUACUCAAAAACUCCAAAUAAUCAGUGAGUACAUUGAAGAUAAUAUCGGCUGCUGUCCCUUUCAUGGCAUGUCCUCGUCUCUUGAGAUUAUCAACCAACACGCAGAUCUCUGCCAUUGCGACCUCAUCGACACCAGUAAAUACAAAGCCGUUUUCCGCAAGGUCAUGCGCAAAAGUGUCAACAACAGCAUGUUAUGUUUCUCUUGCUGUGGUUACAUGGGCUUUCACCACCCUGUGGAACGCUCGUGCGACAGCGAUGCUCUCCAGGACAUCUGGAUCGGCAUUCCUUACAUCGUCUUCUGUGUCCCGGCGGUACAUCACAUCAUAUUCGCAGCCCUCGGCAAGCACAACUACCGUCUCAUCAUCCAUGACAUUGAAUCCUUUGUCAUCUGGCUUUUUCAGCCAUCACCUCACAACAGCAUCCCCACGAGAGCAACCCGAACGUGUUCGACUUGUUGA